AUGUUUAAUAGAGGAACUAUAACAGAUGCAAUGAUCUCAUUGAGCACCGGCCAGCUGUUUAUAUACGGAGAGAAUAGGAAUGUAAACAUAGAAGAUGCAGUCAAUAUUUAUGUGCAAAUUCUCCAGCAAGACCAAAGACGAGAAGCAAAUCAUGGGAUCACGUCAGAACAAUUAAAUUCUCUCGCAGAAUUGAAAUGGCCAGGGUUUCUGUACCAACUUGAAAAAUCAACUCCAGGUUCCUUGCAAUUCCGAAGGACUAAGAAAGAGUGUGCAAUUUGUUUACAUGAACUAGAGCAAGAUGAAAUUGUUAGGGAGCUGCCUUGCAAGCACCUCUUUCAUAAGACUUGUAUUGAUAAAUGACUCAAGAGUAAGUGCUUGUGCCCUUUAGAUAAGAAGCCAGUGGUAAGAUAA